UCCUUUUUUCUCUUCCUUUAGUAAAACAGCUGCUGCCUAGUUGCACUAAGAUUCUGUCCAUGAACAAGGAGGGAGGGGUGUGAGGAGUCUUCUAUUGCAGAUGAUGAAGGAGAAACCUGAGAAUCAGAGCGAGAGACGUCUGUGACGGGUGGAGGAGAGACAGCACUGCUGUUUGCGUCUUCACUGCUUGAUUAUGAAGUUAUGAAGCAUGAGCUGAAGGUUGGCUUCACUGAGCAGAUGGGACGUUUUUCUAAAUUGGAUUAAAUUUUGUUUUCAAGCCAAAACGAUGUCGCCCGUGUUUUUUGAGAGGACUCUGUGAUCUGUGGAUAUACACAAACCAGCGUGUGCUUUUGGAGUUUCGUUGGUAGACGCUUCCAGUGGGACUGUGUUUGCUUUGGAAGCACACGACACAAGCAUGUGGUCCUGUAUAACAGACUUCUUCACCUACGAAACCACCAAGUCGGUGGUUGUGAAGAGCUGGACCAUUGGCAUCAUCAACCGCGUCGUCCAGCUUCUCAUCAUCACCUACUUCAUCGGGUGGGUCUUUCUCUAUGAGAAGGCCUAUCAGAUCAGGGACACGGCCAUCGAAUCCUCCGUCAUGACUAAGGUCAAAGGCUUUGGAAUCUACAAUGACAAGGUGAUGGACGUGGCGGACUACGUGACGCCUACACAGGGAGCCUCGGUGUUCUGCAUCAUCACUAAGCUGAUCACUACAGAGAACCAGGUCCAAGGGUUCUGUCCUGAGUCUGAGAAGAAGUAUUUAUGCAAAAAAGCCAGUGAUUGCGCUAAGUUCCGCAACAAGCCAGGAGGCUACGGGAUCCUCACGGGGAGAUGCGUUCCCUUCAACGCCACUGCCAACAUGUGUGAAAUAAAAGGCUGGUGUCCUGCUGAGAUCGACACCAUCAAGACGACACCGAUGAUGGAGGUGGAGAACUUCACCAUCUUCAUCAAGAACAGCAUCCGCUUCCCCACCUUCAACUACACCAAGGGGAACUUUCUGCCGACCAUCACCGGCGACUACAUCAAAUCGUGUAACUUCGACAUGGUCAGCAACACGUACUGCCCCAUCUUCAGGGUGGGAGACGUGGUCCGCUACGCGCAGCAGAACUUCACCAAACUGGCCGACAAGGGAGGAGUGAUCGGAAUAAAGAUCGGCUGGAUGUGCGACCUGGACAAGUCCGAUGACCAGUGUAACCCCUCGUACUCGUUCACGCGACUGGACGCCAUGUCAGAGAACAACGCUGUGUCGCCAGGAUACAACUUCAGAUUUGCCAAAUACUACAAGAUGGACAAUGGGACGGACUAUCGCACCCUGGUCAAAGCCUACGCCAUCAGGUUCGACGUUCUGGUCAAUGGGAAUGCAGGGAAGUUCAACAUGAUCCCCACGCUCAUCAACAUGGUGGCAGCGUUCACGUCAGUGGGAGUGGGAACAGUGCUGUGUGACAUCAUAUUGCUGAACUUCCUGAAAGGAGCUGAGCAAUACAAGGCCAAGAAGUUUGAGGAGGUGUCCGACAGCCCGGUCGAAUGCAAACCCAACGGCCUGUACCUGUCGCAGCUGUCGCUCAGACACACUGACAUCAUCAUGAGGUCCAGCGACUCGGGAGCGUUUUCUAUUGAUCCUUACAGCUGAACAAGGAACCGCACACAGGGAUGUGGGUCAAUGUCACACAAGCUCUGAAGAACCUUUAAUUACUGUGUUCUACAAAGAAACAUACGGUUAUAUAAGCAUGAGUUCCUGUGCACGGUGACGCUAGUUCUUAUCAGAGCUCUUGUAAAAAGUUAUCAUGUAGAAUUUGUAAGAGAAACCAGGAAUAAAGAUGACGAGGCAUGA